GCAUUUACUUUCAGUUAUUUUUCAAUCAUAAUAUGAUUAUUUUGCAAAUAAUAGUUAUUUUAAUCCCCCGUACAAUAAUUGGCUCAAAAAAAAAAAUCGUCGUUCCUAUUUUAUUGCACAAACCAUAACCACACUUUUUUUACCGUGCGUAGUAGUCUGACAGCUCCGCCGGCGGAGUGUUUGUUUAUCAUUCGUCAGAGAAAACUUUGCUUGGGAAGCUGCCUUGGAAUUUGCCUUCCAGAUAACACGGAUUUUUACUGGAUUUCGACCUGCAUAAUGGAUACACAGGUAACGUGAAUGUUGCUUAUACCUAUUUGAAUACCAAACAUCACAUAACUUCAAUUUUAGAACUAUACUUUGCCGGCUCCCGAUCCUGAACAUUCUGCCCCGCCGCCCGCCGUCGAGAAUCCGUAAAAAAUAUACGGAAGGCGCCUUGCAACAAAGCAUAGCUGCGGUAAAAACGAAGGCAAUGACACUAGGGCAGGCUUCCAGCUGCUUCAGAGUACCGAAAUCAACAAUUAAGUUUCGUAUUGGUUCGAAGUGGACAAAAAAACUUCGGAGGGGUCCACAGACUGUGCUUACCCUGCAGGAGGAAAUUAAAUUGGUAAAAAGAAUCCAAGAAAUGGAACGCCGUGGUUUUCCUUGCACGAAGCAUGCUGUCGUGUCCCGAGUAAAAGCUUUUCUCGACGAUAAUCCCCGCAAAACACCGUUCAAGAAUAACAAACCAGGAUACAAGUGGCUGCAACUGUUCCUUGGCCGACACAAUCAGCUCUGUAUUCGAAAACCGGAAAACUUCACUAUGGCAAGUGCAACUGUUUCUGAACCGGACAUACGUUCUUGGUUUCAAAAGAUCAUGCAGUAUCUGCGCGCAAACGGAUUGGAGGAUGUUCUAACAGAUCCGCGGCGUAUUCUUAACGGUGACGAAACCGGUUUUCCGUUCGAUCCCGUCACAAAAGCUGUUCUCGCAUCAAAGGGAAACCGUAACGUCUACUUGGUUCAGCAGGCUGAUCCCAAGAAGAAUGUAACAGUGCUGUUUACAUUUGAUGCUGACGGAUACAUGUUCCCGCCGGAUACUAUUUUGCCAUACAAGCGAUUGCCCAAGCAGCUCAUAAUGAAUUUUGAUUCUGACUGGGGAAUUGGAAAGUCCGACAAAGGGUGGAUGGACAGCGAAAAUUUCGUUGCCUACAUACAGAAUGUUUUACACCCUUCUCUUGUACGCCGGAAUGUUCCAUUUCCUGUGAUUUACUUUGUUGAUGGCCACUCAUCGCAUACGGGAUAUGAGGUAGCAGAGCUUUGUGCCAGCCUUGGUAUUAUCCUUAUCGCGCUUUAUCCUAAUGCCACGCAUAUAAUGCAACCAGCGGAUGUUGCUAUCUUCAAACCGUUAAAAACAGCUGGAGCCGUUGCGUCGAAGAUUGGAACUGGCGGAAUAAGGAUAAGCUAUUUACCAUAG